UGCAAGUUUGAAUGGCGUCAUAAACGUCGUCCAGCGGGGUGUUUUUGGAGAGGUGGCGGCUGUACCGCAUUCACGCCGGUGCGGGUUCGUGCGUCAUGCGGCUACAGGAGGUGAAUGAGUGACUGCUGAGAAUCAAUCAGUAACUGGCCACCUGUGGGUCAUGUGCCCGCGAUGCAGCGCCGCCGAUUUAUUGGUAUUCUCAGAGCGUCUUACACGAGCGCGUGAAGCGGGGAAGGCGAGCGCGAGCUGUGCGAUGGACGCCGCGCGCUUACGCGCAACACCAGACGCGCCGCGAGCGGAUGUGACCGGUGGCGAGGCUGGCGUCGCGUUCCAGCAUCAAUGAAAGCGCGUCGAGAGAGUGCUUUCCCUCUCAGAUCGUCGCGAGUUGAAGCGCCCGCCUCGCUUUUUGCGGAUUCGGAUGGCAACAGAUUGAGGCGCAUUGGACUCCAGACCGAGGGGAUGCUGGCUUAGGCUGUUUAUCGUCUGUAUUAUCGCGGUGUGCGAGCGUUGCAAACAAACGCGCUGUCGAUGACCAUGUGAUAGCUGGGGGGAUGUUUAGUUCGGUUUAGUUAGUACUUUUGCGCGGAAAUCGGCGUCGCUCAUCUGGAUUAAUUUAUCAGGAAGAUAUGACUCAAGUCACUUUCAUGAGCCUCCUUCUGUCUCUGUUCGGAUGCCACAUCUGCUUCGCGGGGGCGAACCGCCCUGCUGCUCCUGUCAAUGUCUCUGUUACUCACCUGCGGGCAGAUUCGGCCACCGUGUCCUGGAAUAUUCCGGAGGGAGAGACCGUAAUUGGCUUUGCCAUCUCACAGCAGCGUCAGGACAGGCUGAUGCAGCGUUUCAUUCGUGAGGUGAACACGACCAGUCGUGCUUGUAUACUUUGGGACCUGGAUGAAGACACGGAUUAUAUUAUCCAGGUCCAGUCCGUUGGACUCUACGGAGAGAGUCUGGCCAGCAAAAAGAUUCACUUCAGGACGCUUAAAAAGUCUGAACAUUUUCAAUCCACCAUGAUGGAUCAAGAUGACCCUGCGGUUGAGGGUUUAGAUCUUUCCAGACACCUUCAGACGGGAGAGAUCCUGAUCAUUAUGACUGUACUGCUGAUGUGGGCAGCUGUGAUCGUGCUCUUCUGUAAGCAGUACGAUAUCAUCAAAGACAACGACUCCAACAACCACAGCAAAGAGAAGAGCAAGCCUCUGUCCGGACAGAGCACUCCGGAGUAUCAUAACGGAGGCCUGCUGGGCAGCAAGUUCCAAAGGACAUCGUCCUCGGUCAGCAUCAUCAAGGUUUAACCACGGCGUCAUCACAGAUCAGCGGAUAUCAGCUCAUCUUCUGAUAUUCAAGCGUUAAAGGCAAUAGUAACGUGAACCUCAGCUCCCUCAGCUCCUCAUCUGGAAUUAUAAGGUAGUAUACGGGUGUUCAGCAGCUCCAAUAAACAACAACGUCCUGGACCACCAACAUACUGUACCUCUUUAACUAACACAUCAAAUAUAAUCACGGGAGGAGCUAUCUCGGUGCUAUGAAUAUGAUUGUGAAAACACUGGC